AUGCAUAAAUCAAUAUUUCCCUAUCAUAUUGAACACGAACAAAUUGCUAGAGAGAAACAAGUCAGUGGUAGAGUACAAGUACAAGUUUGGUAUCAUGCAGAACGUAGUGAACUGGUUGUGAGUCUAAUGGCAGCCGAUGAUUUGGCUUUACGUGAUGAGGCCUAUGGACAUGGUAAUUUACCUGAAGCUUAUGCCAAAGUUCGCAUAUUACCAAAGUGCGGCGAUGGCUCUGUUCAACAAACCGAAGUUUGUCCGCCUGCCCAAAACCCUAUAUGGAAUGCCACCCUUACAUUUGCACACGUGAAAGCGGAAAGCCUCAUGGACCGUUAUAUUGAAAUACAACUGUGGGAUUUGGUACCUCAUACCGAAUCGAUUUUUUUGGGUGAAUGCAGUCUUGAAUUGCAACAGGCCUUUCUCGAUGAUCGUGCCAUUUGGUGUCGCCUCGAUGAUCCAAAGGGUUUGCGAGGCAUUAGCAUGUCAAAAUCUCCCAGUGUAUCACCGCGUGGCUCUAUAGCUGCUGGCGGUCCCGGUGGCGAUGUUUCACGUUUGCUGAGGCGUGACUAUAAUAUGCAACGUUCCAUAUCGGAUGAUGUGGAUUCGAUUGGUGAGUGUACGUCCCUGUUGCAUCCAGAUCAUGCAUGGAUAGCGGGCUCGCGGCGAGGCUCAUCCCAAUCGGAAACACUGGAAGUGGAAGUCUAUCAGUUGGGUAAAGAUUUUUCACGUUCUUUGCCCGGCUCUCGUCGAUCAUCAUUUCAAGAUGCUGAUAAGAAUCGAGAAGAUGAUAUGGCUCCACCUCCGACCACAUAUUUAGUGGGACGACGACGAUCUUCAGUGGCACGCAGAGAUCCCGAUGAAAUAUUGAAAUCAUUGAAGGCGGUGCGUGGCGAAUUGGGACGAGCCAUGAGUUUGGGCACCGAACAGCCCAUCAAAAGAAUGGGUUCAAGGCCUACAAUAUCGGUGUCACACUAUCAAAGCCUUGAUACACCCUACACUUGGACUGCUAACAAUCGUUAUUAUUUGCCACAACAAUAACAAAAAUAUCCCUAAAUAGUUAUAAACUAAAAUCAAAACAAAUAAAAAAAUGCACGUUAAUUAAAAGCAAAAUAAAUCAAAUUAAUAAAAAUCCUAAAAAACUAAAUAAAAAUCUAAAUAAAUAACAAAACCAAAUAUCACACCUUAGAAGCACUCUACCAAUUGCUUAAGUUAUAAUAUUCUUAAAAACAUUUUCUUUAAAAAAAAAUCAAAUAUUUUUGCCAACUAUUUUUGUCAAAACUUUAAUAACUAUUGGACUGCUAAACAUUGAAAUAAUUUAUUUAAAUAAUCUAAAUAAUACA